AUGGCUUCCUUUGAGAUGUCAGAGAUCUCGUCUGAUCAUGGAGACCUCGUCAACGCAACACAGGCCUGUGAUGCGACCGUUAAGGAUAGCUCUAGAUUCGCAAAGAUCGUCUUUCGGUUGCGUCGAGGGGCACGUCCCACUCGAACUCGGCGCCAGCCUCAAGCUUUCCCUCCUAGAGAACUUCAAGAUCAGUUCGUGCAACUCGCAUCCACUAGCAGCGUAUACAUCAUCUUCCUGUGUCUUGAUGUGCCGCUCAACAACACCGUCUUCAAGCACUACCACGGCCUGGUACAUACGCUUAGAUACCUCUCUGCGGACCGUGUACCCCGCAAUGACUGGUUCCUGGCACGAUCACAGGACUUCAAGCCAGGCUCUCCAUCGCCUUGCGUGGAGUUGAUUCGCAAGUCCAGCCUUCGCUUGCCUGUAGAGCCUUGGCUCACCACCACGAGUGCAUUUCCGGUCAACAACAGCAAGGAAACUCUGCCAAGAACAUCUCUUCUCAAUGAGAAGUUUUACGCUUCAAUUAUGAUCAUAGCGAUCCUGCAUGAGCGUGCCGAGUACAACCGUCUGCAGCAACAGCAGUUCAAUCUGAGAGUGGCGUACCCGACUCGGUUUAACGCAAUGAUGAAUGACUCCUACACGGCUGACGUACGCAUGGUCGGCGACCUCACUACUCUUGGAAGCGCAAAGAUGAAGCCACCGCUAGGGGCCCGUAUUAAGCUUAUCGUACAAGAUCUAAGCGUAGACGGCGUUAUCCUCGACUACUCGCCGUUCGGCUACGACUUUAGGGUCAUUAUCGAUCUUACUCUCCUUAGCUCCGAAGUCGACUAUGACGGACCAAAUCUUCGAGAGCUUAUAGCCAGCAGGAUGGCUAUAGCAGAGGGUAGCUCUAAGAUUGCCGAGAAGCGGAUCAUUUCCGAACACAUUCCCAAGAUGUUCGGGCUAGACAAGCAGCAGACGCGAGUUGUUGAACAAGGCCUAAGUAGGGUUCCUUCCAACACACUCUUCUUCGAGGGAGUGCCUGGUGGCGGCAAGUCGACAACCUUGAACGCUCUAACUCUUGCGACCAUUCGUCUGUACGGAAGAGUACUCAUCUGCAUUCAGUCCAACACUGGUGUUGACAGUCUCUUUGAGAAGGUCGUCAAGUCUGUACAGACAAUGCCGGACUUUGCUGAUCUGCAGCAAAGCUGUGUGCGAUAUCGCACAAAUGCAAAGGAGAUUGCCAAGCUGGAUGACAUGGGCCACAUGAUGGCAGACCAGCUGCGAGACGAGACUGCGCAUAACAACCAUUCCAUGGCAGGAAAGAUCGCGACCUAUGCCCAGGCAUGGCCAGAAGAUGAGACGUUGAAGCAACUCUAA